AUGGAUAAAUGGGAUUGGGGUACAGGUUUAGUAAUGCGAAUGUACGAUGCAGAAUUUACAGACGCCCAGUUAUUAGAUCAAGGCAUUUCCGUAGACGAUACGGAGGCUAUCGCUAUUGUAGAGUCCGGUACAAUGUUCGUCGGUGGGCACUUCGCGGUCCCUGUGCCAUGGAAGAAGGGUGUCAAUACCGGUAUGGGAAACUAUGCGUCAGCGCUCUCGAGGUUGAACAGCCCCAAGCGGCGCUUAAUUAAUGACGAGUCGCUACGGUUCCGCUACGCACAAACGAUGAAGAUGACUAUAGAGAAGGGAUAUGCGGUGUCAGUCCCAGGGGAACAGUUACACUGCGACUUUCAUCCGCGUUGGUACCUGCCUCAUCAUGCAGUACUGAACACAAAAAAGCCGGAAAAGCUGCGUACAGUUUUGGAUUGUGCGGCAAAACACAAGGUGCAAUCGUUAAAUGACAUACUCUAUCAAGGUCCAUACACCACCGAGAAUUUAGUGUGUAUACCUUUGCGCUUCCGUAAAGAACGUUUAGCUGUUACAGCUGACAAAAGAAAUGUUUAUGCAAGUGAAGGUGCUAAAACAUGA